UGUUAGUCUCUCAGACAACACAAAAACAGUUAAGAGUAGAGACAAUGAGCAGACUGAGAUACUAAGAAGAUGCCCCCAUGCUAUAUAUUUUGUGUGGUCCAGUUAAUCUACAACUAAAGCGAAUAUAUAGAUUAAAUAGGCAGUUUGACAAAUUGCGGGUUCUGAGCUUGCGAAGGGAUUUUGUCAUUAUUUUUGAUAUUUUAUGGACUAAAUAUAUACUGGACAAAAGAUGUUAAUUGAUUUGUGUUAAUAUGCAUCCAUCCAUCAAUUAUCUUUACAGCUUAUCCUUAAGGGUCAAGGGGGAGCUUGAAUUGAAUAUCUGCAUAGCGACUGGCUAUUUCAAAAAGGAAAAAGAAUGUUUCUUUUGCACCAUUUACAGUUGAACAAAUUCUAGAUCAUUUGUCAGUUUCAAAAGUAAACUUCCUAUUGUUAGCAGCACAAACUGAGUUUAUACAUCUUCAGCUAACAUGGAAGUCUGGAAAUUAUGUCUCUUCUUCAUCUUUCUGCCUCUAAGGUCAACACUCGGAGAGGACACAGUGGCAGAAGACAUUGGUGUCCAUCAACUGGAGCGUUUAGUGGAGUUGCUGACAUCUACAGAGUGUGAGGACCUUCUGUUCGCCCUCUCCCACCCAGAGGAGAACAUCUUCCAGCAUCUUGAGCACCUCUCAGCAGAGAAAAAUCAACUAGAUCUCAAGCCUCGAGCCAAGAGAGACACCUCUCCUGCCGUGGAUAGUGAGGCUCAGUGCCGGACAGCCCUGACAGACUGGCUGUUGAGGUACGGUGAGCAGACCUACUACGACAGGCUUUCUCGAGCCUUGCAGCACAUCGGCAGAACAGACAUCGCCAUUGAAGUGGGGAAGAACAUCAACCAGGACAAAGCCUUGAAUCUGAAACGCUACGUUGACGAUUAUCACAAAUAUGUGAGUUCUUUAAACGUAAACCCGUCAGUCCAGUCAGACGAAACAGACCACCAGCAUGCAGGCAAGAGGGUCAGAAAAAGAAAAGUGAGUGAUCUGACAUGGCAAGACCUGGAUCUGAUUGUAGAGCGGGUUCCUGUCCCUCCGUACCAGAGGGGGCCUUUGGAUGUAGCUCUGCCGCUUUUGUAUGGCAUCCUGCUGGGCUUUGGAGGCACCUUGCUUGCAGGCGUCUUUAUCCUCCUCGUCAUCAUCCACAUCACCCGGAGAAACCAGCAGAGCUGUCACGAGCAGUUCCAGCUGUAAGCUCAUGGAUGGAGAUGUGAUGGUGGAAGAUGCAGCUUCAGGAAGGUCUGAUUAGCAGCUUAGGAGCUUUAAAUGGUCUAGAAAGAUUAAAAACAAAAAGUCAUACAUCUCUAAAGACAAAAUAGAUAAUUUUGUCCACAACGAUCAGCAGAACCAAUACAGAAACACAGUAUCGAUUCCACCACACCACAACUAAUUAUGACAAAUUUGACAAGAAUAAUGCUGUUUCAGAUAAAGUAAUUAUCCAUGCUGUGUAUUGCUAGACUGGUAAGCAUUAUUGUCUUGCCAGUGGGUAGAUGACUAGUGGUGUGACAGAUGCGCUGGAACCCAGCCCUCACACCAAAGGUUGUUCCGGUGUUACUGUGAUAGUGAUGCCACUUUCCAUUUCCCCUCCAAGUGACGGCAAUGUGCCCGUCUGGCAUCGAAGAACAACUAAUUAUCCAGCCUGGCGCCUGCCUCCCCAGCGCCUGCCGAUACCUCCAUAGGCAAUCCAAAAGACUAAUAACAAUGACAAUGCUAGCAGACAAUGGAGCACUCUUGGUUGUGAUGGCAGCUUCUGGCGGGUAACAGAAGCCAAAUACAAAACACAGAGUUAUAUUUUUUGAAGGUGUGAAGUAGCAUCCUUAGCUAGAUGAAAUAACUGGAUAUAUGAGAUGCUGCAGCAAAGUCCAGAAACUGGCAACAGAAACCA